GCCGCCCAGCUAGGUUUGUCCGGUGCAAUCACAAGGCGAAGAAGAACGAUGUUUCCUUCCAGCAGCAGCAACGGCAACGGCAACGGUAACCCUGUUCCUUAUGCCGACCACCCAAGUCUUCACCGGCAUUUUCUCACUGAGCUCACCCCCAAUUCUCGACAAGACGACCCGGCAAUAGGUUCCAGCUUCUUGUAUCACUUUCCUUCUCCCCCAAUUCACUGCGGAACCGAUGAUGUAUUCCUCCAACACCACCAUGAUCUUAUGCUCCAACACCAACCCUUAACCGUUAAUAAUAAUUCUAAUGUGGCUGCGGCUGCGGCUGCAAGCAUCUUAUUUAACCCGGUCGAAUCAAACCUGAACAUCAACGGAUUAGUAGGAGAUUGUAUUAAGAAAAGUAGUCAUGGAAGUGCGACUGAACCAAUCUCGCAAAGAAGACCACUGAAGAGAGAUCGCCACAGCAAGAUCAAUACAGCUCAAGGUCCAAGGGAUAGGAGAAUGCGAUUGUCCCUUGAGAUUGCACGGAAGUUUUUCGAUCUUCAAGACAUGCUAGGCUUCGAUAAGGCUAGUAAAACUGUAGAGUGGUUGUUGACAAAGUCAAGAGCUGCCAUCAAAGAGCUUGCAACAGGCUUCCCCCAUAAGAAGCAUAGUUUCAGUCCCACGGCGAAGAGCGCAUCUUCGACAUCCGAAUGUGAGGUAUUGUCCGGAAUUGAUGAAGCCGCUGUCACUAACACUGACCUGCAGGGCAGCGUUUGGAAGGGUAAGCCCUGGGUGGGUGUUACCAAAGAGAAGAAGGCGAGACAGUCGCGCAAAACCGCAUUUCAUCCUCUUGCAAGAGAGUCCAGGGUGAAGGCAAGGGCGAGGGCAAGAGAGAGGACAAGAGAAAAGAUGUGUAGUAAAAGGGUCGAUGAAUCGACUGGUCUAUGCGGCGAAGCAAAGAAUCAUGAAUUGAAUCAAUUAGGGUCUUGGAGUCCCCUUGAGGCCGGUGAAGAGUCGGGUUCCCUAAGUCACAACAAGAAUCAUUCUUUGGAACUUACGGCCGAGGUUGAAGAACCGAGCUCUCACGAGCAAGAGCCUCCAGGGGCUACAGAAGACAUUUUGGAUGAUUCGUUGGCGGUGGCGACGGGCAAGUGGAGCCCAUUUCCGAUUUUCAAUUAUCAACACAAUACUGGAUUAAUUCCUCAUGAGGUAAGUUCCAACAAGAAGUUUCCUGAUUCACCCUAUCAUUGUUUGGACAUAGACGGUGCUAGAUCGUACUCAAGUUACUGCACUAUGACAAACAUGCAUGUCCAAGAAGGAAGGCCUAAUUCUAAUCUUCUGACCACACCUCCAUAUAAUUCUGUGCAGUAUCAUUUGGCAGACUUCCAAUUCUAUGGCAAACCAUGGGAGGCCUACAACAAUCUAAAUCCAUUCUAGCUAACAUAAAUUAUA